CCUGGAAAUCCUGCAGCUGCCGGCUGCUUUGCUUGUUCUCAGGCUUCAGUGGUGUUGUGGAAAAUAAAGGAGCUGCCUUUUCCUCGGUGCGGGUUCGUCUGUUUAUCUUAAGGUGGGGCGUUUCUGUCCAGGUGCGCAGCCCCGAUCCGCUCAGGUACAAAGGAUGAAGCGUCCCGCUGGAUCCUGAAGCCUCUUUCCGCUCCGAUAAUCCCACCAUGGACCCGAUCAAGCUCAUCGGAACCUGCCUGCCCUUUUUCCUCCUCGCCGUGGCCUUUGACAUCCUUGGCCUGGUUCUGCUUUUCGUCGGGAUCUUCGGCGACCUGCGGCUUGAGGGGACCUUCUAUGGCGACUUCUUGAUCUACACGGGCUCCCUGAUCAUCUUCGCCAGCCUGGCCUGUUGGCUCAUGUGGUACGUGGGCAACAUUCGGGUGUCGGAGUAUGACGGGGCGAGGAGGACCAGCAUCGUGGAGCUGGCCAGGAAAAUAUCGGAGAGGUUGAGCCAGAAGCUGAAAGGGGAGGACUGCGUCAAGUGCGUCGUGGAGGAUGAGAACCUCAGCCAGAUGGGGACUCCUCCACUGAAACCUGGCAGGGUGACGUGGGGGAAAUCCACGGCCUAUUCCAACGAGGGCUAUGACAGCUACAUGGACCCCCCCACUCCAGACUCCACGGACCCCCCCUCUGUAGAGCAGUCGGUGGACUGACAGACCAAAACACUCUGCUUCCAUGUUUGCAUUUAGCUGCUCUUAUAGGAUCUAUCCUCAGCUUCAUAUGAAGGAAGAAGCGUUGGAUUCAACUAAUAUAUGUUGACUUUAUAAGAUGCAUUUCUUAGAAAAUGACUGAAGAUGGUCUCUAAGUCAAGCAUGCAUGUCUAUGAUUAUAUUCAUGAAGCUUAAAGGUGUCCAAGGUUUCAUCAAUGUCUCAUGUUUAACAGAAAUAGGAGAAAAUGUGCAGUUUUGGUUCAUUAUUUCAAAUAAUCCUUUAAAAGGAAAUCUCACUUGAACUUUUAUAGGAUAAAGUAAUAUAUAUUUAGUCUUUUUUCAUGUUAUUUAAUCACUUAUGAUGGUGAACCUGAUAUUGGUGCAGGCUUUUCUCAUCUAAGAUUAUGUUUGUUGCACUUUUACAUGUUGCUUUAAAAACCCUGUUAAAGUUAAACAGACAGAGAUUGAAGAUCUAACUGCAGCUUUAUUUAAAGUGACUCAGCCUACAAAAGAUUAAGGUGAUGGUUAGGAGGCUUUGCUAUCUCUAAGACUAAAGACCAGUAGAAAUGUGCACAAAGAACGACAGCGAUUAAUGAAUGCUGAUUCCAAUUCUGUCCUGUCAUUAAUUUAAAAUAAUAGAAAAGGACGUAUUACUGUGAAAAUGUAAACAGGAAGAGUUUUUCAGUCCUAAAUUAAUUUGCCUUUUAGAUGAUUUUAUGAUCGUUCAGCUCAGAAAUAAACAUCUUGGAUGAGCACUGAAUGUAAAUUGGUCGAGUGAAGGAAAUUUUUGGUUAAAUGGUCAAAUUUAGAUAAACUAGACAUUUCUUUUCAAGCAGUUUUGUGAUUUAUUUUUCAUUAUUUAUUCUAUCAGUUUUUUUUGUUGUUAUUUUAGCAUUGACAUUUCAACUCAUUUCAGGUGAAAGAUGUGUGAUUGUUUUAUUUCUCUGUAAGCUGCUUUCUUAUUCUGGUAAUGUGCGGGUACAGAUUGUGUGGUUCGGCUGUAAACAUAAAAUAAUGGUUUCAUUUAGACGGACGGGUAAAAGAAGUGGUUCGAACUCUGUAAUAAUAUGUUGUCAAAUUGAUAGAAUGAAAUUCUAUUUACAAAAUAUAAAGUCUGACGUUUCAUUGUAAAAGCAGUCUUGUUUUCAAUGGGUGGGUGUUACAUGACACAGAAAAGGCAAGUCAUGUUUCCUGUUUGGUCGCAGCAACAGACACUCUGGUCCAACUGGUUUGACUUCUCAGAGCACUUUUGUUUGUUGUGGUAUAAAAAUCCUCCACUGAGUCCUGCUGACCGUAUGGGGGGGGUAAUCUAUGAAACAAUAGCUAAGAGUUGAGGUGUGUACAUAAAGGGAAAAAAACUGUAAAAAGAAAAAAAAAACUUCUGACUGAAGGUAACAGCGCAAAUAUCAGCUCUUUUCUUCUCUGAAAAGUCAUAUUUUCAGUCCAACGCCGUUGUUGCAGUAAAUAUAUCCUCGUUCAUCUCUGAUAUGUCGCUUCCUAUAACAGAAGUAUGAGUGAAAAAGGCCUGAGGAUGGAUAGUGGCGGUUGGACUGGCCAAACAACGGCUGGGUGGAUAACCAACCAUUUGGUUCAUUUCCUCUUUCUGAUGUCCCCCAAGCAGCAGGCAUCCAUUCUACUGGGAUGAACUGAUAGUGACUAAUUAAAAAGUCUCAAACUAAAUAACAUUUAUUGACAGGAAGUUAAUUCUCCCCAAAAGAGAAUAUUUUCAGUUUUUUUUUUAUAUGCCCUGUUUAGAUUAAUUGCACAUUCCGGAGCUGGAACUAAAUUAGCCUAAACAAAUGUGCAUAAAUCUGUUCCUCUUCUCUCAGACAAUGGGUCGUUGGUUUACAACGAUGACAUUAAGAGAUGAAAAACAAGUCUGGCCUGCAGGAAUGAAACUGGACUUUCAGCUGGGAAGUCCAACCCAUAGAUGUGGCAGGUUCCCUACCGGUCCUACCACCCAGUCCUCAGCUAUGAGAGAAAUGUAAGGCGUGCUUUCAAUGAAUAACAAUGUUCCUUAAGACCAGAAAAGCAUUUUUCUCAAGAGACCGGCUCUCAGUCUUGUCGCUCCGCCAUCCGACAUCCAGCCGUCUGAGCCACCAGGCCCACCAUGGAGCAGGGAAAGUGCACCAGUUUCUUCAUAGGUCUGGCCAUCUUUUUGGACAUCGUGGGCCUCCUCCUGCUCCUCAUCGGGAUCUUUGCUCCGCUGCCUUACUGGGACUUUUUUGUUCUCUCUGGGCCGCUGCUCAUCUUCCUCAGCCUGGUUCUGUGGAUAUUCUGGUACCUCGGGAAUCUCACUGUGUCGGAGGAGGAGCUCAACCUCCGCAAACCGGACAUAUUGUGAUGACCCUGGAUGGUCCCAGUUUGGAUGAGGGAAGAUUGGGUCAAAUCGGGGUUGCUUUAAAAGCCUGCCACCUCACGAUGAGGAGAGGAAGGAUGGAUCAUAAUGAGGCACCCUGAAUGCCAUCUUCCUGCAGCCUCAUUACAGGAUGUGUGAUAAACCCCCGGAGGAGCCGCUACUAGUCGGCCUGAAACUGGACCGCUGAGAUUCUCAGACACUGGUGGAGAGGAAAUGACUUUCAUUGCACUUUUACUUGAAGAAGCUUUAAAGAACUGAUGUGAACUGGAUGAUAAAUUCUGUCAUUUUGAUCCAAAUGUUGUGAAUUUAUAUUUAAAUGUCAGCACAUCUUUGCACGUUAAUGUAUGAAGGACAAUCUUCUGAAAUAGGGAACUAAAAAUGCUUUUAAAAUGACUUCUGUCUUCUUCGUGAUGCUUUUCUCAAACUAAACAGGCCGAACCGGAUCCGUAGCUUCUUUUGUUGAGCUUGUUUUAGUAAGACGAACACGUCAGAGAGCAUUUAGAUCUACGUAGGUACAGAUCAAAUUAACACCCUCUGAGCAUCUCAUUUUAUUUGACCUUAAAAUUAUUUAUUUGCUGUUUUUGUUGCUCUGUUAAAUUAUAUUCAGCUUACAUCUAUAGAGAUGUUUUUUUUUUUCUAACAAGGAGCAGAAGUUUUAAUUUAUUUCAUUUUUUCUCAAAUGACAAAAAGAAGAAAAAAGAAAGAUUGCAUCUAACCUGACUCUGUCUGUAAAUCCGUUUCCCUUUAAAGGAAGAAAUGGUUGAGUUAAAUUAAAAAACUUUAAAAAAAAACUUUAAAAAAACUAGUUAGAUCAGGUUUUUCCAGAAGCUCGAUGUUUGCCUGCUUUGUUCUACAAACUGGUUUUGAUUUGUGUUCGAGAUGCAACCAAGUGUGUCCAGAUCUUAUUCACCAAGCUGCUUAUUU